UAAAUCUAAGCUAAAUUGUUUAAAUUGUGUUUUUUUAUUUUAAAAUAGCUCUGAUUAGAUCAGCUUCACACACUUCACGAGCUUCUUGUUCAGUGGCUUGUCCUUUACUACAGCAACGCUCUUAUUCACCUACUCUAGCGUUACUACUCUAAACGUCACAUUGUCGAUCCACCACCUGAACCAAUCAAAUCGAAGUUCAGGUGAGACCAUGUCGUUUCCCGUCAUGCCUUAUGCCGCCUCAUUCCUCUCGCGAGAUCGUCUUUGCCUAAUGAGGGAUCUAAGUGCAUGUCGGGGUCGGGGUCAGGUCGGACACCAAACUCACUGCACUGUUCACCAAUCGGACCGAGCGGAUCAAGUAUGCACACAACUUACUCGUAUCAAAUGAACCUUACCCCUACCCACCGGAAAAAAGCUUUAUUCCUUCAUAAUAAUGGUUUAGGCCAUUAUACCACGGAAUGAAAAAUCAAAAUUAAUGGCACCGAAAUUUAGCUUUCAUUGCUGAUAGGAAUAGAAUAAUGCACGUGAUUGCAUAAUGCACACUAAUAAGAAAAAAAAUGAAACAGGCAUCCAUUUAGCAUCAUUUGUACAUCAUUCUUAUAGAAUUAUUUUGAAAGUUUGAACCGGAAGCCCUAAAAUCAUUUGUAAUCAGCUUGACUUUCAAGUUUAUCACAUCCGUUGACGUACAGUACCCGACUCGGUGCUGUGGGGCUCUGUCAUUACAACAUGUGGCUUUGUAUUUCGCGAUCUUUAGCCUUUACUCUAUAACUUCACAUUAUGCGAAAAGGCGAAAUCACUGGUAAUAGGCGCGUAAUCGGCGUGUGGCGGCUGUUGUAGCUGCUUCACUUAGCUGUAGCUUAGCCCGAUACAGUGACUUCUUUAUUGGGACGUCAGCACUGUACAUUCGGAUAAUAAGUUGCUUUCCUGCGGGUGACGGUUCGCUUCCACGUCCGGGCAUGGAGGCGUUGGGGCUCGUCGGGACUCUGGAAUGCUUUGCGGGCUUCGCAGCGUGCGGGCUUGUGUUUGCAGCCUAUAAACUUGGUUUGCUCUACCAGUUGUUUCACAAGGCUGAGACCAGGAGCCCACGCCACGGCGGUGAGAGCGUGGCAGAGGUCCUGCGCGCCCACGGGGUCAAAUACGUUUUCACCCUUGUUGGCGGACACAUCUCGCCCAUCCUGGUGGCCUGCGAGAAGGUGGGCAUCCGCAUUGUCGACACCAGACACGAGGCCACGGCUGUGUUCGCUGCAGACGCGGUGGCGAGGCUCUCAGGCACUGUUGGUGUAGCAGCAGUGACUGCAGGCCCAGGCCUCACAAACGCAGUGACAGCUGUGAAGAAUGCUCAGAUGGCUGAGUCGCCACUGCUGCUUAUUGGAGGAGCUGCUCCUACACUACUUCAGGGCAGAGGGGCUCUGCAAGACGUCGACCAGAUGUGUCUCUUCAAGCCUUUAUGUAAGUUCUGUGCCUCCAUCAGAACUGUGAGGGAGAUCGUGCCUACGGUGAGGAAGGCUCUGGCCAUUGCCCAGUCAGGAACGCCUGGCCCUGUAUUCAUAGAGUUCCCCAUCGAUACCCUCUACCCCUACCACUUGGUGUCCAAAGAGUUUGAACCGAAAAACACCCCCAAAGGCCUGAUGGGAAAAAUUGUCUCAUGGUACCUCAAAAACCAUCUCAUCAACCUGUUUGCUGGAGCUUGGGAGACCAGAGACAUGUCCCCGCUGCCUAUUGACAUCCCACAAGCAACAGACAAUCAAAUACAAAGAUGCAUAGAACUGGUCAGUCGAGCCAAGAAACCUGUUGUUAUUCUUGGAAGCCAAGCAACGUUACCCCCAACGCCAGUCGAUGACCUCAGGAAGGCAUUAGAGGACCUGGGCAUCCCCUGCUUCCUUGGGGGCAUGUCUCGUGGCAUGCUGGGUAAAGACAGCCCCAUCCACAUUAGACAGAACCGACGAGAUGCUCUCAAGGAGGCUGAUUUGGUGAUCUUAGCAGGUACUGUGUGUGACUUCCGCCUGAGCUAUGGAAGAGUCCUCAACAGACGCAGUAAGAUUAUCGCGGUCAACAGGGAUAAGACACAGCUGCUGAAAAACUCAGAUAUGUUCUGGAAACCAACUAUAGCAAUUCAGGGUGACGCUGGUACAUUCUUCUUGCGGCUCUCCAAAGGCCUGAAAGGCCAUCGUUGUCCAGAGGAGUGGCCACAGAGUCUCAAAGCAGCAGAUGUGACAAAAGAAAGGGCAAACAGGGCUAAAGCCGAUGAGAAGACAGAACAUCACUUAAAUCCUCUGAAGGUCCUCCACUGUGUGGAUGAGCUGAUGGCAGAGGACAGCAUCAUUGUUGCAGAUGGGGGUGACUUUGUUGGAAGCGCUGCUCACAUAUUGAGACCUAGAGGCCCUUUGCAGUGGCUAGAUCCAGGAGCCUUUGGGACGUUAGGAGUUGGAGGAGGAUUUGCGUUGGGGGCAAAGCUGUGUCGGCCAGAAGCUGAGGUGUGGAUAGUGUAUGGUGAUGGAUCCUCAGGCUACUCCGUUGCAGAGUUCGAUACAUUCACUCGACACAAGACUCCAGUCAUAGCUGUGGUGGGAAAUGAUGCAUGUUGGAGUCAGAUCUCCAGGGAGCAGGUUCCCAUCCUUGGCAGCAAUGUGGCGUGUGGCCUUGCAUUUACAGAUUACCAUGUGGUAGCAGAUGGUUAUGGGGGUAAGGGCUACCUGUUAAAGCGUGAGGAUGAGGACAGACUAAGUGACAUCAUCAAACAGGCCCAGAAGGAGACGCGUGAGGGAAAAGCUAUACUUCUCAAUGUCCUCAUAGGAAAAACCAACUUCAGAGAUGGCUCCAUCUCUGUGUAGACCUGCUGUGUAUUUAACAGUAUAUUAUUCAUCUUUUCAAUAAUAAUGGUGAAUGUAUAAAGACAUGUCCUACUUAUUAAUGUUCUGAGCUUUCUCAUGAAUGACCAACUGCAGUAUGAUCAAUUACGCUCCUAAGAUUAGUCAGAAAUUAUUCUGCUAAUGCAUCUGUAAACACUGGAGUCAUGACUGCUAAAAUGUUGUUCAUACAGUAAGUCUAACCAAAUUACACUAAUUUUAAUCCCAUUACGUUUUGAUCUGUCUGUGAGUUGAACUAAAACUUUAGUAAUUGCUACUGUAUCUAAAAAAGGGAAAAGCAUAAAAGCUGUGUGUUAAAGGAAAAAAAUCAUGGAUGAAUUUGUCAUUUGAAUAUUCUGUUAAAAUCUAAAGUGCAACUAUUGUAAUUUGUAAUUUCUACAAUUUAACAUCAUUUUAUGUUUGCAGUUUAAUUGCAGACAGACUUGCAUAGCCAAUAUGCCUUUCCUCCUGUUGUCUUGUAAAUGCACACCUAAAAUGUUUGAAUGCUGACAAAUGUCAUGCCUUUUGGUGUUUGAUUGAGGGUUUCUGACUUUUGCUUUGCUAUAUUUGUCAAAAAUAUGUUAAAAUUCGUAGAGAUUU